UCGACUCGAUGAAAUUAUCGCUAUACUCAGUCACGCGACUGCAGGAAACCAUCAACAAAAGGCAACUGAAAGGUGAACGGGUAAACAUGACGCCCUGGUGCCACAACAGACGAAUCUAAGAAGUCCCAAUCAAAUUAAAGAUUUAUCUGCGACAAUCUGGCUCAGAAGAACAUCCCUCAGGAUUUCGCUGGAUUAAGGGGGCGUGGCUGCAGUCAGAGCGAAGGUGUUGAGUGGGCGUGGUCAUCCAGGUUUCUUCGCUCAGACAUCCAGAGAGAGAGAGAGAGAGAGAGAAGAGAGAGGGCGCCUGUUUACUGCGGUCCAUCCAAUGGUGAGGAGCUGACUGAGUCGCUAUGGUGACGAGAUUGUUUCGACAGAGGCUGUGAUGGGUUGACAGGUGCGUGACAGUCGCGUCUGUGCAAGCAUGUACGCCAAAGGCAAGAACAGCGUGCCAUCGGAUAGUCAAGCCCGAGAAAAGUUAGCUCUAUAUGUGUACGAAUACCUGCUACACGUUGGAGCUCAGAAAUCAGCACAGACCUUCCUGUCAGAGAUCCGAUGGGAGAAGAACAUAACAUUAGGAGAGCCGCCUGGGUUCUUACACUCAUGGUGGUGUGUUUUCUGGGACCUCUACUGUGCUGCUCCUGAGAGGAGAGAAACAUGUGAGCACUCAAGUGAAGCCAAAGCUUUUCAUGACUAUAGUGCAGCAGCGACACAGAGUCCAGUGAUUGGAAGUCCUCCUGGAGACAGUAUGCCUUUGCCUCCGGGAUUUUUUCAGCAGUUUAUGUCUCCUCGAUACCCAGCUGGGCCCAGAGGUUCUCUCAGAAUACCCAAUCAGGCUUUGGGACCUGGGAACCAGCCCCUCCUACCCAGUGGGAUGGAUCCUACUAGACAGCCAGGCCAUCCCAACAUGAGUGGGCCCAUGCAGAGGAUGGCCCCUCGGGGAAUGGUUCCUAUUGGACCACAGAAUUAUGGUGGGGGGAUGAGACCACCCCUGAAUGCCCUAGUGGGACCCGGGAUGCCUGGGAUUAACAUGGGUCCUGCAGGAGGAAGACCAUGGCCAAAUCCACCAAAUAACAACUCGAUCCCCUAUUCAUCUGCAUCUCCAGGCAGUUAUUCGGGCCCCCCAGCAGGAGGUGGCCCUCCGGGAACACCCAUCAUGCCUAGUCCAGCAGAGUCAAACAACUCAAGUGACAACAUGUACAGCAUGAUCAGUUCAGUCCCUCCAAAUGGAAACAGAGCGAACUUUUCAUUAGGUUCAGGUUCCGAUGGCCCAAUAGGCAGCAUGGCAGGCAUGGAGCCUCAUCAUAUGAAUGGUUCAUUAGCAGGAUCUGGUGACAUUGAAAGCCUCCCAAAGAGCUCUCCAGGGAACCUCAGCAUGAAUAAUCAGCCUGGCACACCAAGAGAUGAUGGAGAAAUGGGAGGAAACUUCCUCAACCCAUUUCAAAGUGAAAGUUAUUCUCCAAACAUGACAAUGAGCGUGUGAAAGCACAGCAAAGGAGCUGUUUUCACCGUGUUCAGCAAAAAACAGGAUCUUUCUACUCAUUUUGUCUUUUGGUGAACUAUUGUGAAUUACAGUAACGUCAUCCUAAACUAAAUCCGAAUAAAAGCCACGAAAAGAAGCUGAAGACACCCAGAAGAAGCUUUCACACUAUUUUAUGUUGUUGUUGUUGUUGUUGUUGUUUUUGUCAUUCCAUUGUUAAUAUUGUCCUGUCUCCCGUUUGGAUUCACACAGGGCUCAAUCCAUUUUUUAAUUAUUGAAUCUUUCCGCAAGUUUUUGUAUGUACCUUUUUAUGUACGUUUUGUUGUUUUUUUGCAGCAUAGCUGAUACCAAAACGGCUGUCCCUUAAUAAAUUUCUCCAUUUUACGAUGCAGCAUAAUUUAUACAGUUAAACACCGUUGACAAUGAUGGAUUAGCAGAAAGUUUUUUUUUGUUUCUGAGUGAAUUAAAGGCAUUUCAAGGCCUUCCGUUUAUUGCGUUGAGUUAAAGGAUUUGAUCAGACAAAAAAAAUCACCCUUUAUCAAACACAUUGUUUUUAGGCAAACCAAAGGUUGUCUUAAUUUAAUUUUUGCUCCGGAAUAACACAGAUGUACAGUAUAUCCCAAAAUGUAAUGGACUUAUCUAAAACGAUUUAAGACAGACAGAUUUCUUGUCAUGUUGGAUUUGUUCUUGUAAAUACAGCUAUCUGUAAAGAAUUUGGAUAUGCUGAUAUAAAAAUCAUUUUCACCA